AAAAAAAAAAAACCAUUUUUCAUUUUCCUUGUCUUCCUCACUUACCAAAAUUGAAAAUUCAACAAUUCUCUCUCUCUCACCAAAAGCACAAGCAUUUCUCGAUGCUGUAGGCUCAAAUCGGCGUGGGUCUUCCAGAUCUGACAUCUCAUCACCGUUCAUCUGAUCGAGUCUUCAUCGUAUCUUGAUUGAUCCACCGGAUCAGAGAUGCCGGUGGCCGCUUCGGCUAUCUACUUUCUCAACCUCCGUGGCGAUGUUCUCAUCAAUCGCCUCUAUCGCGACGAUGUCGGGGGAAACAUGGUUGAUGCUUUCCGAGUCCAUAUAAUGCAAACCAAAGAACUUGGUACAUGUCCUGUGCGACAGAUUGGUGGUUGCUCUUUCUUUUAUAUGAGAAUCAGCAAUGUCUACAUUGUGAUCGUUGUCAGCAGCAAUGCAAAUGUAGCUUGUGCUUUCAAGUUUGUUGUUGAGGCAGUGGCACUUUUCAAAUCUUAUUUUGGCGGGGCUUUUGAUGAAGAUGCAAUCCGUAAUAAUUUUGUUCUCAUUUAUGAGUUAUUGGAUGAAAUUAUGGAUUUUGGUUACCCACAAAAUCUUUCUCCUGAGAUUUUGAAGCUUUACAUCACUCAGGAAGGAGUGCGCUCACCAUUCUCAUCCAAGCCUACAGAUAAACCUGUUCCUAAUGCAACCUUACAAGUUACGGGAGCUGUUGGUUGGCGGAGAGAAGGCCUUGUUUAUAAAAAGAAUGAGGUCUUUCUGGAUAUUGUGGAAAGUGUAAAUCUUCUUAUGUCUUCCAAAGGUAGUGUUCUGCGUUGUGAUGUAACCGGGAAGAUUCUUAUGAAGUGCUUCCUGUCUGGAAUGCCUGAUUUGAAGUUGGGUUUAAAUGAUAAAAUUGGCCUUGAGAAAGAGUCACAACUUAAAUCCCGUCCUACUAAAAGUGGUAAAACAAUUGAGCUCGAUGAUGUUACUUUCCAUCAAUGUGUGAAUUUGACGAGGUUUAACUCAGAGAAGACUGUGAGUUUUGUGCCACCAGACGGUGAAUUUGAAUUGAUGAAGUAUCGUAUCACUGAGGGUGUUAAUCUUCCGUUCCGUGUAUUGCCAACAAUUAAGGAACUUGGUCGAACACGCAUGGAAGUAAAUGUUAAGGUAAAGAGUGUCUUUGGUGCAAAAAUGUUUGCUCUUGGUGUGGUCAUCAAGAUUCCUGUACCUAAACAAACAGCAAAAACAAGUUUCCAAGUGACAUCAGGUCGAGCAAAGUACAAUGCCUCUAUUGAUUGCUUGGUUUGGAAGAUAAGAAAAUUUCCUGGGCAAACUGAGCCAACUAUGAGUGCAGAAGUUGAGCUGAUAUCCACAAUGGCAGAAAAGAAGUCUUGGACAAGGCCACCAAUUCAGAUGGAGUUCCAGGUUCCCAUGUUCACAGCUUCUGGUUUGCGUGUCCGUUUUCUCAAGGUCUGGGAGAAGAGUGGCUACAAUACUGUUGAGUGGGUCCGUUAUAUUACCAAAGCUGGCUCUUAUGAGAUUAGGUGCUAGAGACUGGAAAUGUUUCUGAGACUUUAGAUGCCUUAAAAUGGGUGGCGAUUGAAAUAUUUGAACGUCUAUUUUUUUUAAGGAUUUGAAUGGUGGCUCUUACCUAUAAUUUUUCCUUUCAUUCAUCCUAUCAUUUUUUCCUGUAACAUAUACUAUAUAGUAAAAAAAGGCGGGCUUUUCUAGUUGUGUGUAUUAAAUGUUACUGUCACAAUAUGAUUUUGUAUUAGAUAAAUUUGUUUUGAUUAAUGGAUUAUGGUAAUUAGUUGUGGAUGCAA